AUGACGACGCUGCCAACGGAAUCCCUCACAGAGUACAUCAUAGUGGAGUACCGCUGGGUGGUGGUGAUAUUUGCGCUGCUGCCCAUGUCGCUAUUCUGGAAGAUAUGGUCUUCGCUCAGAAACUACGUGGUGUUCAAACUCAAUAGCGCACCGAAGAUGCACGACAGGAAGGUCAAGCACGUUCAAAAGCAGGUGAAAGAUUGGCUGGUCAAUGGUCGGAAGACAAAGCUAUGCACGGCCCGGCCCACGUGGCAGACAAUGUCCUUCCGCCAGGGGCUGUACAAGAAGUCAUUCACCAACAUCGAAGUUAACCUGGUGGAUGUACUCGAAGUCGACACUAAGAAUAUGACGGUUCGCUGCGAGCCAUUGGUCACUAUGGGCCAAUUAUCCCGCACCCUGGAGCCACUCGGGCUAGCUCUGGCGGUAGUCCCAGAGCUGGACCAGCUGACUGUGGGCGGAUUGGUCAUGGGAACCGGCGUGGAGACCUCGUCUCACGUGCAUGGUCUGUUCCAGCACAUCUGCUUGCAGUACGAGCUGGUGCUCGCUGAUGGUUCUGUAGUUACAUGCAGUAAGGAUGAAAACCCAGACCUGUUUUACGCGGUGCCAUGGUCAUACGGCACUCUAGGGUUCCUGACCUCAGUGGUGAUCAAAGUGAUACCUGCUAAGAAAUAUGUGCGUCUCGAAUAUCACCCGUAUGCGAAACUGUCUGAGCUUGCUGAUAGAUUCAGAAAAGAAAGUUUAGACAAAGAGCCACACCAGUUUAUCGAAGCUUUACUGUUCACGAAGGACACUGGAGUAGUGAUGCUGGGAGACAUGGUGGAUGAACCGGGCUCUGAUGGAAAGGUCAACAAGAUCGGGAAAUGGUAUUCAGAGUGGUUCUUCGUACAAGUUCAACGACAUCUGAAAAACUAUCGGAAGGAUAUCAGCAAGAUUGUGGUGGAGUACAUCCCCCUAAGAGAUUAUUAUCAUCGGCAUACGAAGAGUCUUUUCUGGGAAUUGCAGGACAUAGUCCCGUUCGGCAACAGCGCGUGGUUUCGCUACCUGCUGGGCUGGCUGAUGCCGCCGGAGGUGUCGCUGCUGAAGCUCACGCAGCCGCGCGCCAUCGCUGAACUAUACGAGCGCGCGCACGUCAUACAGGACAUGCUGGUGCCAGUGCAGCAUCUGGAUGAUGCGGUGCUCACGUUCCAUAAGGAGUUCGAGGUGUAUCCCAUUUGGUUGUGUCCGUUCAAGGUGUUGAACAACCCGGGACAGUUGAAGAUCAAAUGUGAUGAUAAAUGGCAGAUGUUUGUCGACAUUGGCGUCUAUGGUGUGCCUAAGGCUAAAGGAUAUGAGACGGUGCCCUCAACGCGCCGCAUCGAAAGCUUCGUGACAUCUCGCGACGGUUUCCAAAUGCUAUACGCGGACACGUACACUACUCAAAAGGAGUUUCGUGCCAUGUUCGACCACACGCUAUACGAUGCGGUGCGCGCGCGCCUGCCGCACUGUACUGAUGCCUUCCCAGAGAUUUAUGGGAAGGUCAACAGGAACGUUAGGAAAUAA